AUGAUUAUAUCAUUGUUUAUAAUUAGUAAUAAAACACUAAAAACCUGUCUUAGAAAUUCAUUUUUUGUAAACUGUGAAGAAAUAAAUCCUUCUAAUAUUCCAAUUAUAAAUCCAAAUUUAUCAGAAUAUUUAGAAACAAAUGAAAAUACUACAAGCGAAGUGUAUGCUGAAUUUGAAUCAGAAACAACAUAUUUUAUUGGAACAAUAACCAUAUUACCAUCAAUUUCAUUUAAUUACUUGGAUAUAUUUGAUUUUAUCAAUGGGGGAAGAAGAUAUUUUUACAGUGAAGAGUAUGAAAUGUAUUUUUCGAUAACAGAUUUAAUACAAACUACAGCAAUAAUUAAAAAUGAUUUUAAUUUAUUACUUGAAAAAUCUAAUUUAAAUCAAGAUAGUGAUUGUGUGCAAGUACUUAAGAAAUUUGAGGUUUACUUAUUAUUAAUGAAAAAUAUAAUUAAAGCGAAGAAUGACUCUGAAUUUUUAAACUAUUGUGAAAAAUUAGAAAAUUAUGAAAAUUUCUUAGAUAUUCAAGAACUUUUUAAAUGUAUUUUAUCUUUAUGUAAACUGAAUAGAUAUUUAAUAUUGAAAAAAGACCAUUUUUUUAGGUUAAUGGAAUUAUCGUGGAUAUUUAAUGGUUCUUUUGUUUCUAAAAAUUCAAUUUCUCUUCAAAAUACUGUUUAUAUGUUUUUAACAGACAUUGAAUUGCUAGAUCAGGUUUUUACUGAAAAAUUUGUAAUUAUCAAGGAAAAAUUUAAAAAUUUUUUACAACAAUUGCAUUAUAUUGAAAAAAAUUCUAUUUUUGAAGAUAAAUUUACAAAAAAUGGAUUUAAAUACCACUUUAACAGAGAUCAGGAGGUUGAAUAUUCAUUUGAAGUGUUUAAUGUAAUGUAUUCUGAUCCAAUUUUAAAAGAAAUAGGUUUUUUAGAAAAUUUUAUUAAAAACCAAGAUGUGCAAUACUCAGAUUUACUUUCAAACGAUGUAAAUGAUAACAAAUUACUUUUUAGAAAAGAGAUGUCAUUUAUAAAGUUAAUCAUUGAUUUAUUUAAGUUGGACCCAAAUAUGUGUGUUAAGCAUAUUAAAGUCUUUAGAAGUGUACAAUGA